GAGAAACGGCCGCCUCCCUUUUCCUCACCGUGCGCAGGCGCACUAGUCACGUGCUCGCCCUGCCUGUCCCAAACACCUGGCGUUGCAGGUAAAAGCCAGUGCAGAGGAUAUGCUCGUGGAUUAUGGCCAGUCCUCUAAGAUAUGAAGUAUUGAACCUUUACAAAAAUCUGCUGUAUCUCGGGAGGGAAUAUCCCAAAGGAGCAGACUACUUCCGAACCCGGCUGAAGGCGGCUUUCGUGAAAAACAAGGAUGUGAAGGACCCAGAACAAAUUAAACAGCUCAUCGCUCGAGGGGAGUUUGUCAUCAAAGAGCUGGAAGCGUUAUACUUUCUACGGAAGUAUCGAGCUCUGAAACAGCGUUACUACGAGGACGAUAACAAGUGAUCGGCGCUGUUCUUUUGGGAGUUUGGAAGGGUGCGGGUAAACUGCAAGGGAUGGAUCUGCAAUUAAACAAAUAGCGUAGCGGAAGACAAUCUGAUGUUCAUCUCAUUGCACGUCUCCACAAAGGUCACACAUCACUUUUAAUUGACACUAUGACAGCAUGUUCAUGAUCCUAGCUCAUUGUGAGGUUGGCACAUGCUGUUUCCUCCCGGAGAAUCACAGUUAGAAGAAGAGGAGGAGUUUGGAUUUAUAGCCCACCUUCCUCUCUUACAAGGAGUUUCAAAGCGGCUUACAAACUCCUUCCCUUCUUCUCCCUACAACGGAUACCUUGCGAGGUGUUUUUUCCUUAUAUAAAGCCGUGGUGCGACCGCACUUGGAGUACUGUGUUCAGUUCUGGUUGCCACAUCUCAAAAAGGAGAUUGAAGAGAUAGAAAAAGGGCAGAUAAGGGCAACGAGGAUGA